GAAAGGCCGGGCAGGAAAGGGAGGCGGAGUGCAGGAGCCCCGAGCUCCCAGCAAAGAAGCGAGAAAGCCAGGCAGACAGAGAGAGAGAGAAAGACCCGGAGGAAAAGAGCAGGAAGGCGGCGGUGCAGCAGCAGCAGCAGCAGCAAAGACGCCGGGCAGCGCCAGGGAGGGCGGCUGGGCCUGGCCCGGCCAGCGGCGGAGAAGAAGGUCCCUUAGAGGGAAUUUGGGAAGACCUCUAGCAGGUGCUGUCAACACUGAUGAGAGAUCUUAUAUGUCAAGACUGUCAGUAUUUGUAUAGACCACAUCAUGCGUGAGUACAAGCUAGUGGUCCUUGGAUCAGGCGGUGUGGGAAAGUCUGCCUUGACUGUACAGUUUGUUCAGGGAAUUUUUGUUGAAAAAUAUGACCCCACAAUAGAAGACUCAUACAGAAAGCAAGUGGAAGUAGAUUGUCAACAAUGUAUGCUUGAAAUCCUUGAUACAGCAGGGACGGAGCAAUUUACAGCAAUGAGGGAUCUCUAUAUGAAGAAUGGUCAGGGGUUUGCACUAGUAUAUUCUAUUACAGCACAGUCCACAUUCAAUGACUUACAGGACCUGAGGGAACAGAUCUUACGGGUCAAGGAUACUGAAGAUGUUCCUAUGAUUCUGGUUGGCAAUAAAUGUGAUCUGGAAGAUGAACGUGUAGUUGGCAAAGAACAAGGACAGAACUUAGCAAGACAGUGGUGUAACUGUGCCUUUCUAGAGUCAUCUGCAAAGUCUAAAAUCAAUGUUAAUGAGAUCUUUUAUGAUCUUGUCAGACAGAUAAAUAGAAAAACACCAGUGGAAAAGAAGAAGCCUAAAAAGAAAUCAUGUCUGCUGCUCUAGACCCACUGUAUGCAGCAGCUCUGAGCCAGGAUUACAGGAAUGAAGAACUGUUGCCUAAUUUGGAAAGUGCCAGCAUUCCAGAACUUCAAAUAAACUACACCACGAAUUAGCAACAUAUCUGAAGAGGCUUCUGUUUUUAUAUAUUAUGUGAAGAAUUUAGAUCUUAUAAUGGUUUGCACAAAGGCCCCUGGGGAAAAAACAAACAAACAUGAAAUUUCUCUGUGUAUAUCUCUUGGGAAUUAAAGACAAUAGUAUUUCUCCUUUGCAAUAGUUAACAGAUGUGAUAAUAAAUAUAAUUGACUCUAGUUGUAUGAUUAUACAAAAGAGCAUGGAUGCAUUUCAGAUGUUAGAUAUUGCUACUAUAAUUUCAUAUUGACUUCUUACCAUAAUUUCUUUCCCGUCAAGCACUAAAAAUGGUCAGUCAUUAAUACUUUAUAUCUAUCAUGAUGGAUAUAAUUAUAACGAUUUUACCCUUUGAACUCACUGUAGCAAAUAACUUUCCAAGUCAUUGACUUCAUUUUAUAUUUAAAAAGUUAUGAAUAUCAUUAUUUUCAUUCUACCAUUAUAUUCUAAUUAAAAUUGUGCAUAAUGCUUUGGAAAAAAAAAUGGGUCUUUUAUAGGAAAAAAACUGGGAUAACUGAUUUCUAUGGCUUUGAAAGCUAAAAUAUAUAAUAUACUAAACCAACUCUAAUAUUGCUUCUUGUGUUUUACUGUCACAGAUUAAAUUACAGCUUUUAUGAAUGAUUAAAUUUUAGUACAUUUUCA